AUGAGGACCAAGCAAGUGAACUUGCUCAUCUCCUUCGUCGCGGUCACGCUCUUCAGCUUCUCCUGCUUCUGCAUCUCCAGGCUGACUCAAACUUACAAUCAAUUAAUUAGUUGUAGAAACCACGUUUUGGAGUUUAGGGAAACUAUGCUGCAUUUAAAAAACAAAACUGAAAACAACCGUCAGGAGCUGAUAAAAGCCUUGAAUCAGAUGAAGUAUGAAAUUACACUGAGAGACAAUGAAUCCAGAAGCUUAGAUGAGAAAACGGUUACCCCGAGUGAGAACGAAACAGCAUCUAAUAGAUUUGAAGCCUUGAAGUUCUUUUUUCCACAUCUAAGGAAAGUUGCCAGGGUCUAUCCUGAUGUAAUCAUUGGCAAAGGGAAAAGAGAUGUUACCUUUGCUCUAGGUAUUUCCACGGUUAACAGAGGAGCACAUAGUUACCUGAAGCAAACUCUGAACUCCAUCAUGACUAGGAUGACACCUUCAGAAGAGAAGGACUCCGUGGUGAUUGUCUCUAUUGCAGAUAGUAAUGAAGAUUAUUUAAAGUCUGUUGUUGACAUGAUUAUGAAAAGAUUCAGAAGGCAAGUGAAAUCUGGAUCCCUAGAGGUCAUUUCAGUACCAGCCUUUUUAUACCCAGAUAGGUUACAUACCCAGCGGCCAACUGUCUCAGAGCGUAAGAGUUGGCACAUGAAACAAGUAUUGGAUUUUUGUAUAUUGAUGCUGUAUGCCCAAUCCAAGGCCAUGUAUUAUUUACAGCUAGAAGAUGAUAUCAUAGCUAGAAAGAUGUACUUCACAAAAAUGACAGAUUUUUUACAUAAUAUCACUUCGAAUAAUUGGUUUUAUAUUCAGUUUUCAGUACUUGGAUUCAUAGGAAAACUGUUUAGAACCGAGGACUUGCCUGGCUUUGUACAUUUUUUUCUAAUGUUCUACAAAGAUAAACCCAUAGACUUGCUCUUGGAGACCAUAUUUCAGGUAAAGAUGUGUGAUCCAGCAGAAAAUUUUAAAGAAUGUUCAAAACGCCAGAAACACAUACUUCUUCAGCAUAAACCUUCUCUUUUCCAGCACGUGGGUAUACAUUCGUCACUUCCUGGAAAAGAACAAUAUUACAAAAGAUGCAGGCGCCCAGGAUCCGCUGUCUCGGAGCCGCGCGGCGCGAGCCCGGGAGGACACGCUUUACUGCGGGCCCAGGGCCCGCGGGCAGUUGAGCGCCCAGCUGCAGGUGAGCGUUCCACGCGCCUGGGGCCGCGGCCGCCUCGCCGCCGGACGCCGCUCGCGCAUGCGCGGUUAGCAGCCGCUGCUGGGCGACUGCCGGCGGGAUUUGUCUGGGGAGACGCGGAGACCGAGUAG